GCGUGUUGGCGACCCAUUUAGAGAGCACCGACUGCAGCUCUGAUUAAUCUGUAUAAAUAGGCCAGUCAAGAGUGCAAUUCUAUGUCAAAUCGUUUCAAACCAUCGACAAAACAAAAUGUUCAAGCUGUGCGUCUUCGUUGCUCUCCUUAGCCUGGCUGCUGCUGCCCCAGCUCCUGCUCCUGCUCCUGGACUGAUUGCCCCUGGCAUCGUGGCACCUGGAAUCUGGGGUCCCACUGUUGUCGGAGCUCCCCUUGUUGCUCCCCAUGUUGUGAGCGUUGUGCCCGGUGCCAUUUCCCAUGCUGCUAUCACCCAGGUCCAUCCUUCUCCUCUGCUGGUCAAGAGCAUCCAUGGUCUGGGACCCGUUGUAAUCGGUUAAUCUAGUAACCCACCGGAGAUCGAACCACCCAUAUAUCUCACCCACACGCCAACCAUUCAGCUCCUGUUCAACUUCAGCAAAUUCCUGCGGAUUACUUAAAUCACGAAUCCUGUGCCCUGUUUAUAAAGCAAGCAAAUCCAGCAAUGCGAAUAAAAAAAAUCACAAAAAAAUGUUUAGACACUAAAAUACAUUCCAAGCAAUAAAUUACCUACCAUACUUGUUAUAGCGAGCGAAAAUGAA